AUGACUUCACCUAUUGGUCCCUGGAGGACAGAUGCCCAGGGUCACCUCAAGUCAGACGAAAAUGGCGACCCAAAGACCGACUACUCCCGCUGGCGGUUGGUCAACGAAGAAGGUCGCCAGACUUGGCGGUAUCUUGAAACCGACACAGAGAACUCCGCCUGGCUGCAGACAGUUGCCGAAAAGUACCACAUGGGACUUCCUACUGGUCUCCCAAUUUUGCCAGAGGCCAAAACUCCUCUUCAAGCAGCUGAGAAUGGUCUAUCUUUCUUCUCAAAACUGCAGCUAGAGCCUGGAAACUGGGCCUGUGAGUAUGGUGGCCCUAUGUUCCUGUUGCCGGGUAUUUUGAUCACCUAUUAUGUUACCAACACUCCCAUUCCCCCGGAGUAUGCUACAGAGAUCAAGCGUUAUCUGUUUGCCCGCCAAAAUCCCGAAGAUGGUGGCUGGGGUUUACACAUUGAGGCCCACAGCUCUUGCUUUGGCACUUCCAUGAAUUAUGUCGCCCUGCGCUUGGUCGGUGCCCAUGAGGAUGACCCGCGCAUGAUCAAAGCUCGCGGUUUGUUGCAUAAGUUUGGCGGUGCUAUCUACGGACCUCACUGGGCUAAAUUCUGGCUCAGUGUUCUGGGUGUGAUGGAAUGGGAGGGUGUGAACCCUGUUCCUCCUGAGAUCUGGCUUCUUCCCGACUGGGUUCCCUUUGCCCCUUGGCGCUGGUGGAUUCAUAUGCGCCAGGUGUUUUUGCCUAUGUCUUACAUCUGGUCUAAGAAGUGGUCAUUCCCGCUAAAUGACUUUACCAGACAGCUCCGAGAGGAACUGUAUCCCCAAUCAUACGCCUCUAUCAACUUUGCUAAACACCGCAACUCUAUCCACCCAGCUGAUAAUUACUACCCGAAGACUUGGCUCUUGAACGGCCUCAACGAGCUUCUGGUCCGGGUUUGGAACCCGUUCCUUCGAGUGAAAGCCAUCACCAAAAGAGCUGAAGACUGGACCUGGGAGUUAAUCCGUAUGGAAGAUGAGAACACUGACUACGCAGGAUUGGGGCCUGUCAACAACCCUAUGAACAUGGUUGCUUGCUAUAUCCAUGAUGGUCCUGAUAGCUACUCUGUGCGUCGACACCGAGAGCGUCUCAACGACUACAUGUGGUUGAAGGGCGAGGGCAUGCUGGCAAACGGUACCAAUGGUGUCCAGGUGUGGGAUACAACAUUCGUUACACAGGCAGUCGUAGUUGCUGGACUUGCUGAUGACCCCAAGUGGCGUCCUAUGCUGACGAAGGCUCUCGAGUUCAUUGAGGACCAUCAGCUGCGGGAGAACGUGCCGGACCAAGAAAAGUGCUACCGACAGCACCGCAAAGGUGCUUGGCCUUUCAGUACCAAAACACAGGGAUACACCGUCAGUGAUUGCACUGCUGAGGGUCUUCGGUCAACUAUCCAGCUCCAGGAGAUGCAUGGCUUCCCCAAGCUUAUCUCUUUGGAUCGCCUGAAGGAUAGCGUUGACUGCCUGCUGUUGAUGCAGAACCCCACUGGUGGCUUCACUGAAUAUGAGACUACUCGUGCAUCUGCCAAGGUUGAGUGGCUGAACGCCGCUGAAGUCUUCGGUGGAAUUAUGAUUGGCUACGACUACCCUGAAUGCACUACAGCCUCAGUAACGGCGUUAUCUCUCUUCAGCAAGUUCUACCCUGAUUAUCGUGCAGCCGAGAUCAAGGCCGCCAAAGACAAGGCCGUUGUCUACAUCAAGCGUGUCCAGCGGGCUGAUGGAAGUUGGUACGGAUCUUGGGGUAUUUGCUUCACAUACGCUGCGAUGUUUGCUCUCGAGAGUUUGGCCAGUAUUGGCGAGACUUAUGAGACCAGUGAAAACUCGCGCCGCGGCUGCGAAUUCCUGCUGUCUAAGCAGAAGGAAGACGGUGGUUGGGGUGAAUCCUAUCUCAGCAGUGAGAAGCACGUUUAUGUCCAGCACGAAAAAUCACAGGUGUGCCAGACUGCAUGGGCCUGUUUGGCUUUGAUGGAAGCCCAGUAUCCCCACAAAGAGCCCCUUGAGAAGGCCAUGAAGCUGCUGAUUUCCCGGCAGCAAGCCAAUGGCGAGUGGUUGCAAGAGGCCAUUGAGGGAGUCUUCAACCAAUCAUGCAUGAUCUCCUACCCCAACUACAAGUUCUAUUGGCCGAUCCGUGCUCUUGGCCUCUAUGCUAAGAAAUUCGGCAAUGAGCAGCUACUGUGA